AAUAUUUCAAUUUUUCUCAUAACAAGUCUUCACCAGUCAAUAUAACAACAACAAAAAACAAGGUGAAAUCUUGUUAUUCAAUUAUCAUCAUCAAACAUACAACUACAAAUACAUCAUUCAUCCAUUAUAAUUACAACAACUGUAAGUUUCAGAUCUGAUCAGACAGUAAAAAAAAAGAUGGCUCAAUCGAGUGCGGAUGAUGCGGAGCUCCGAAAAGCAUGUGAGACAGCAAUGGAAGGAAGUAAACAGAAAGUAGUUUUAUCGAUUCGGGUUGCGAAAAGCCGGGGGGUUUGGGGUAAAACUGGUAAAAUUGGUAAAGGUCAAAUGGCUAAGCCUAGGGUUCUUGCUAUCUCCACAAAAGAAAAGGCUCAACAAACUAAAGCUUUUCUCCAUGUCUUGAAGUAUUCAAAUGGAGGAGUUCUUGAGCCUGCAAAACUAUACAAGUUGAAGCAUCUUUCAAAGGUGGAGGUUUUAACUAAUGACCCUAGUGGAUGCACAUUUAUGCUGGGUUUUGAUAAUCUUAGAAGUCAAAGUGUUGCUCCUCCUCAAUGGACCAUGCGGAAUAUUGAUGACAGGAACCGUCUCUUGCUCUAUAUAUUGAACAUGUGUAAAGACGUAUUGGGCCGUCUACCAAAAGUUGUGGGUAUUGAUGUAGUGGAGAUGGCUCUUUGGGCCAAGGAACAUACACCGGUGGUUUCUAAGAAACGAAGUAUUCAAGAUGGACCUGCUACAGAUGGCAUUGCAGAAAGUGACAUGAAGGUUACAGUUGAAAAAGAACUUGUUUCUCAAGCAGAAGAAGAGGACAUGGAGGCUCUUUUGAGUGUAUAUGUGAUGGGUAUCGGGGAAGCAGAAGCCUUUUCUGAACGGUUAAAGCGUGAACUUCAUGCUUUGGAAGCAGCAAAUGUUCAUGCUAUUUUGGAAAGUGAGCCUUUGGUAGAUGAGGUGUUGCAGGGGCUUGAGGCAGCCACAGUUUGUGUUGAUGACAUGGAUGAAUGGCUAGGGAUUUUUAAUGUAAAACUUAGACAUAUGAGAGAGGACAUUGAGUCGAUAGAAACCCGCAAUAACCAGCUGGAAAUGCAGUCUGUAAAUAAUAAAGCUCUAAUCGAGGAGCUGGAUAAGCUUCUUGAGAGACUGCGUAUACCUUCAGAGUAUGCAGCUUGCCUAACAGGAGGUUCCUUUGACGAGGCUCGCAUGCUUCAAAAUAUAGAAGCAUGUGAAUGGUUAACUGGUGCUUUACGUGGCCUUGAAGCACCUAGUUUGGAUCCAAGUUUUGCCAGCAUUAGAGCGGUCAGGGAGAAGAGAGCAGAACUUGACAAAUUAAAAACAACUUUUGUUCGAAGAGCCUCUGAGUUUUUGAGAAAUUAUUUUGCUAGUUUGGUUGAUUUCAUGAUAAGUGAUAAAAGUUACUUCUCCCAGCGGGGGCAGCUGAAGAGGCCUGAUCAUGCUGAUCUUCGCUUCAAAUGCAGGACUUAUGCUCGCCUGCUACAACACUUGAAGAGUCUUGAUAAAAAUUGUUUGGGCCCUUUGAGGAAAGCUUACUGCAUGUCCCUUAAUCUGCUUUUACGGCGCGAGGCUCGUGAAUUUGCUAAUGAGCUUCGAGCUGGUACUAAAGCCUCAAGAAAUCCAAAUGUCUGGCUUGAAGGCUCCACUGGUUCAAAUCAGAAUGUUAACAAUGCAGAUACUUCCACAGUCUCAGAAGCAUAUGCCAAGAUGCUAACUAUAUUUAUCCCACUCCUUGUUGAUGAGAGUUCAUUCUUCUCGCACUUCAUGUGCUUUGGAGUUUCUGCGCUUGCUGCACCAGGGAGUCCUGCGAAUGGUGACAAAUCCAAUGAAGAUGACUUAGGGAUUAUGGACAUUGAUGAUAAUGACAGCAACAACAAAAGUAUAUCUGAGCUUGGAGCACUAAAUGAAUCACUACGUGAUUUACUAGAUGGGAUCCAGGAGGAUUUUUAUGCGGUCGUCGACUGGGCAUACAAAAUUGAUCCAUUACGGUGCAUAUCAAUGCAUGGCAUAACAGAACGGUAUAUUUCUGGUCAGAAAGCAGAUGCAGCCGGAUAUGUACGCCUUUUGCUUGAUAAACUAGAAGAAAAAAUAACUGCACAGUUUACCCGUUUUGUAGAUGAAGCUUGUCACCAGAUAGAAAAAAAUGAACGAAAUGUUCGACAAAUGGGUGUUUUGUCAUACAUUCCCAGAUUUGCAACUCUUGCUACACGUAUGGAACAAUAUAUCCAAGGACAGUCUAGAGAUUUAGUCGAUCAAGCAUACAUUAAGUUUAUUGGCGUGAUGUUUGCUACUCUGGACAAGAUUGCUCAGACAGACCCCAAAUAUGCUGAUAUUAUUCUUCUGGAGAACUAUGCUGCAUUCCAAAAUAGUCUGUAUGAUCUGGCAAAUGUUGUGCCAACUUUAGCCAAGUUUUAUCAUCAAGCAAGUGAAUCCUAUGAACAAGCUUGCACACGGCAUAUAAGUGUGAUUAUAUAUUAUCAAUUUGAGCGACUUUUCCAGUUUGCUCGGAGAAUUGAGGAUUUGAUGUAUACUAUCACGCCUGAAGAGAUUCCUUUCCAGCUUGGAUUAUCAAAAAUGGAUCUUAGGAAGGUGGUGAAAUCAAGUUUAGCAGGCGUCGACAAGCACAUUGGUGCAAUGUAUAAAAAGCUGCAGAAAAAUUUGACUUCUGAGGAAUUAUUACCUUCACUUUGGGAUAAAUGCAAGAAAGAAUUUCUUGACAAAUAUGAUAGCUUCGCUCAACUUGUUGCUAAGAUCUACCCCAGUGAGACAAUUCCAUCCGUAACAGAAAUGAGAGAUAUUUUAGCAAAUAUGUAGGGUUUCAGUAUUUAUUUUAGACUCUUAAGAUAUUGUGUUUUGGGUGUAUAUUUGUGUUAGUAUGUAAGCAGUUGAAUUUGUCUCUAUUGUUUGUAGUUAAGUUUAUAUGUAUACUGUUUUUGGUGGCACACUAAUUUUAUUUCAACAUUUCGAGGUUCAUUUUAGUUUUAUUUGGUUUGUAUGUUAAUUUGGAUUAUGAAUAAAACAUCUGAAAAGUAUAUAUAGAAUUUGAUUCAUUUUUUCUUCA